AUGGCAUACACCACAAGUCGAGGAAUCGCAGGCGAACGCGCUGCAAUACGCGAGGAACAGCGCGAAGUAGCACGCAGACGAGAAAGAGAGGCAAGUCAAAAACAUCCUACUCUCGAUAGAUCUGAGUCCUCAGUAUCAUCGGGAAGCAGCAUUGGUAGUGGUGAUACAGAUAUGUCACUCCCAAAGUUUCAAUUCCUUAAGCCUAGCAGACCGGAUGCUUUGCCUCUUAAGAUGGAGAAUUGUCUGGAUAUGGCGCCGAUUAAGAAGGGCUCGUUUUUGUUCAUGAGUACCAAGUAUGUGGAGGCGGAUGAUUGGAUUGAGUAUGAGGAGGAGUUGCGGCUUGAUUCUGCGACUUUUUGA